CAUUCUCUGCUCCCAAAACGAAACAAGAGUUGGUGAAGUUCGAGAUAUUUUGGUGCUCCACCAAUCGUUGUGGGAGCCGCCGCAGCUGACUGGCUGCUUGUUGAGUCGUCCUGCGUUUCAUUCCUCUUGCAGUACAGCGCUUGCUGCAGAGUCCAGUUCCACUGCUCCGGCAGCCUCGCAUCAUCCCUCUCCGUCGCCGGCUCCGGAUCUCUGCUUCCGGCGCCCUUCAGUGUUUCCAUCCAUGUUUCUGCUCUGACAAGAUCUGCGUCUUCGCCGGUAGUUCCCCCCUGUACCCAUAGCAUAAGCAUCAUUACUGCUUGUCUUUUCCCUCACUGCUCCUUUCAUUCUCCAAAAAACACAGGGAAAAAAAACGUGAAGCUGUCUUUCUCCUGCUUCUCAUGAUCUCAUCGUUUACCUGUUAAUCUAUUGCUUGCCUCUACUCUUCCGUUUUAUCCCUCACGUCAUCUCUGUCUUCGUUUUCUUUAAGUAAUCCCCCUAGAAAAAGAAAAGUGAGAAAAAAUGUCCUGAGUUUUUGCUUGUUUCCCAUCGUUUCCCUGUUUAGAUCCUUGCAAAUAUCCCAAUAACUUCUGGUAUUAUCAAUUUGUUUUAUUCUCUUCCUUUUCAUCUGCAAACACUUCCAUCCAAGAUCUCUUCACCUGGAAAGGUUUUCCCCAAUUCAUUUUGUUCUCUUCCUUUUCAUCUGUAAACGCUUUCGCCCAAGAUCUCUGCCAAAGCCCUGGAGACACAGACUAGUGCAGUUCCAUGGCGGACGUGGCACUGGCCGGCUUACGGUGGGCGGCUUCGCCUAUUAUCAACAAGCUCCUCGCUGACGCUUCGACCUACCUGGGCAUGGACAUGGCACGGGAGCUCCAAGAACUGGAGACCACCGUCCUGCCACACUUCGACCUGGUGAUCGAGGCCGCCGAGAAGAGCCCCCACAAGGAGAAGCUGAAGGCAUGGCUCCAGCAGCUCAAAGAGGCCUUCUAUGAUGCCGAGGACCUGCUGGACGAGCAUGAGUACAACCUCCUCAAACGCAAGGCGAAGAGCGGGAAUGAUUCCUCGGUGGGAGAUGACGAUGAUGCCUCCUCCAUUAAAUCAACUAUUCUGAAGCCUUUUCGUGCCACAGCAAGCAGGGCACGCAACCUGCUCCCUGAAAACAGGAGGCUAAUUCGCAAGCUGAAUGAGCUGAAGGACAUCCUGCUGAAAGCCAAGGACUUCCGUGAGCUUCUUGGCUUUCCAGCAGGUAAUACUUUUGCAGCUGGCCCCAUUGUAGCAGCAGCAGUUGUUCCUCCGACCACAUCACUGCAGCCUCCUAAAGUGUUUGGCCGCGACAGGGAUCGAGAUCGUAUAAUUGAUCUUCUUACCAAGAGGACUGAAGUCGUGGCUAGCUCAACAAACUACUCAGGUGUGGCUAUCGUUGGACAUGGAGGUGCUGGAAAAUCCACCCUGGCACAGUAUGUCUAUAAUGAUGGCAGGGUAAAGGAUCACUUUGAUGUCAGGAUGUGGGUUUGCAUCUCACGCAAGCUUGAUGUUCAUCGUCACACACGGGAGUUGAUCGAGUCUGCAACAAAUGGGGAAUGCCCACGUGUUGAAAACAUCGAUACCCUCCAGUGCAGACUCAGGGACACACUGCAAAAAUCAGAGAGAUUCUUGCUCGUCUUGGAUGAUGUCUGGUUUGAAGGAUCCAACAAUGAGAGGGAAUGGGACCUACUGUUAGAACCUCUGGUUUCUCAGGGCGAGGGAAGCAAAGUUUUGGUAACUUCUCGACGGGAUACCUUUCCAGCUGCUAUUCACUGCAAAGAAGUGGUUCGUUUGGAAGACCUGGAAAAUGCAGAGUUCUUGGCACUCUUCAAACACCAUGCUUUCUCUGGACCGGAAAUUGGAGAUCAAAAGUUGAAAGUGCAGCUAGAAGAGAUUGGAGAAAAGAUAGCGAAACGUCUUGGACAAUCACCUCUGGCAGCAAAAGUUGUGGGCUCGAACUUGAGUAGAAAAAAGGAUAUCUCCUCAUGGAGAGACGCUUUGGGAAUUGAAAACUUAAGCGAACCCAUGAGGGCUCUUUUGUGGAGUUAUGAGAAAUUAGAUCCACGUCUUCAAAGGUGCUUUUUAUAUUGCAGGUUAUUUCCGAAAGGCCACUGGUACGAUGUUGAUAGGGUGGUACACUUUUGGGUUGCAGAGGGACUAGUCGAAAAAUCAUGCCACCCUAAUAGGAGCAUUGAAGAUGUUGGACGCGAUUACAUGAAUGAGCUGAUCUCUGGAUCCUUCUUUCAACCAGUUUAUGUAGGGAAGGUGAUAGUUACUUGUUCCUAUACUAUGCAUGAUCUCAUUCAUGAUUUGGCCGAGUCACUCUCUAGAGAAGAUUGUUUCAGACUAGAUGAUGACAAGGCAGAAAUACCAUUCACAGUUCGGCAUCUGUCUGUGUGUGUUAAGAGUAUGAUACAGCAUAAGCAACGUAUAUGCAAGCUGCGUCAUCUACGUACAAUAAUUUGCCUUUACCCACUGGUUGAUGAUGUGAGCGAUCUUUUUCAUGUGUUACUGCGAAAUUUGAAGAAGUUACGUGUACUGCAUAUGUGCUUUUAUAAUAGAAGCAAGUUGCCCGAAUCUGUUUCUGAGUUGAAGCACCUUCGGUAUUUGAACCUCUCAAGAACCUCAAUUUCCGAAUUGCCUGAAUCGUUGUGCACUCUAUUGCACUUACAGUUUAUUUCUUCACGCAUCAAAGGAAAAGAUUUGCCUGGCCACUUCUGCAAUUUAAGAAAGCUGCGACGACUAUAUAUUUAUGGAGAAGGAGGUACACCGUCAAUACCAAACAUUGGCAGGUUAACAUCAGUCCAAGAGCUUGAUGCGUUUUGCGUGAAAAAGCAGAAGGGAUAUGAGCUGCAUCAGCUCAGGAGCAUGAACGAGCUUCGUGGCAGUUUACUUGUUACAAAUCUCGAAGCUGUCACGGGAAAGGAGGAAGCCUUGGGGGCAGCGCUUCAUCAGAAAAAACACCUUGGAAAAUUGAAGCUUGUCUGGACUGAAGAGAAUGGCUCCCGAGAAGAGGACACUACACAUUUGGAGAUCCUGGAAGGCUUGAUGCCACCACCUGAGCUGAAGGGACUCAGAAUUGAAGGUUACAAAUCCUCCUCAUAUCCGAGCUGGUUACUUGACGGUUCUUAUUUUGAGAGUUUGAGAUCUUUUGAGCUUAAUAAUUGCGCUGUGUUAGAAUGCCUGCCCGAGAAUACAGGGCUUCUUAGGCAUUGCGGCAAGCUGAAGCUUUGUAAUGUUCCAAAUCUGAAAAUCUUACCUUGUCUCUCAGCAGGCCUUGAAACAUUAGAAAUUAGACAGUGCCCACUGCUUAUGUUUAUCAGCAAUGAAGAGUUGCAAGAGCAUGGUCAGAGGGAAAACACGAUGAGGAGAGACCACUUGGCAUCACAACUCGCAUUGCUCUGGGAGGUGGAUUCAGGAUCUACCAUUAGGAGAGUGCUGUCAGAUGAGCAUUCAUCUAUGAAGCAGCAGUUGAUGGCGUUGAUGGAUAAUGAUGUAUCGCAACAUCUUCAAACCAUCAAAAGCGCUGCAGAAGAGGGAAGAGAUAAAGUAUUAGAGAAAGAAAAUAUCAUCAAUGCAUGGCUAUGUUGCCAUGAGCAGAGGAUAGGACUCAUCUAUGGACGGCGUAUCGGGCUGCCGCUGGUUCUACCAUCAGGACUUUCUGAACUUGAUCUUUCUUCAUGCAGUAUUACAGAUGGAGCUUUGGCCAGUUGCCUUGGUGGACUCACUUCACUGCGCAGUUUGUCACUGCAACAGAUUAUGAAUUUAACCGCAUUCCCGUCAGAUGAGGUCUUUCAACAUUUGACAGCGCUUAAAUCCGUGUCUAUUGAGGAUUGCUGGUGCCUCAGAUCAUUAGGCGGCUUACGAGCUGCUGCCUCUGUUUCAGGUCUUUCGCUCAGUUCCUGCCCUUCUUUAGAGCUGGCACGUGGAGCAGAAUAUAUGCCUUUGUCCCUUGGUCAGCUCUACAUACACAGCUGCAUUCUUGCUGCUGAUGCAUUGAGUGUUAGCUUGCGACACCUGAAAUAUCUUUCUAUUAUUAACUGCAGGAGCUCUACUUCCUUAUCUAUUGGUCAUCUAACGUCCCUUGAAUCGCUAUCAAUUUGUGGUAUCCAGGACCUGUGUUUCCUGGAAGGCUUGUCUUCCCUGCAACUUCUCAAGGUUUAUCUGAGCGAUGUUCCGAAGCUCACUGCUGUGUGCAUCUCGCAGUUUCGUGUCCAAAGGGCACUCAGUAUUGGCAGCUCUGUAUUGCUCAGCCAUAUGCUCUCGUCCGAAAAUUUUACAGUCCCAGCGGACCUCACUCUAGAAUCCUGGAAGGAGCAAUCCUUUUCUUUCGAAGAAUCUGCGAAGUUCUCGUCUGUCGAGGAGCUAUCAUUGAGUGAAUGUGAGAUGAAGUCCCUGCCAAGAAAUCUGAAUUGCCUCUCGAGUUUGAAGAGACUCAACAUCGAACGAUGCCCCAACGUAUCAUCUUUACCAGAUCUGCCAAGCACCCUCCAGCACAUAGGGAUAUACAAGUGUGAGCUCUUGACGGACAGCUGCCGAGCACCUGAUGGAGAAAGCUGGCCAAAGAUUGCCCAUAUCCGCUGGAAGUAUAUUGAUUGAACGUGCUUCAGAUUCGCGACCAGAGAUAAAUAGAGCAACUGCUCUGAGAUCACUCACCAAGAAGCGACCUCGUCCCCAGCGAAAGUUAUCAGGUGGAGUGUCUCAAGCUCACGCACCAGGUCAACUCUCUAUCCUCCGUUGCCACAUUGUGCUUGCAACCUGCACGGCCCCCAUUUCUCCUCUACUCUAGCACUCCUGCCCGUUGGUUUCUAAAACUGUUUGCUUCCAUCAUUUGUCAUCUAAAUUUGGAUUUUGCUCAUUGGUUUGUCGUUCAGUUCUGUUGGUACCGGUACUGCUUCUAGCUGCUACUUGUAAAGUGACAUAGUUCAUACUUCAUACGGUGUAUGAUUAGGCAAGAGCCCCACCUGAUACUUCUGCAAUCCGAGAUAGAUUGCAUACUCGCCUAUAUAUAUGUACCAGUGCGACAGUGAAGGGUUGGAGAUUAUUCUAGUAUUCUACCCAAUUAUCUUUUCAUUCCUGAACUUUGAAUUUUUUUUGGAUAAACAAUCCGGGGGCCUUGGUUUUUCUAGUCUAAAAUGAAGUCCUGGACACAGCACCCUCUGAUGAUGAAACUUUGUGUUGUGUAGGGUACUUGAUUUCGUAGUUGUUGACAGAAUGUGCUAUCGCCAUUCUUGUUUCAACUUUUGACAGUGCGGUUUCUUGGUUUGUGUUGUUGCGAGUAGUGAGUAUGAUAGUUCUUUUUAACUGGUACUAACCUUUAAUAUCACCAUUGGCGUCUGCGAUACUCUUAGCGUUUGUAAUAAGGUGCCGGAGUUAGGCAUCCCAUUCUUGGGCCUGACACAGGCUGUGGUCGCCUAGAAAUGCAUCCAGCCACCUCUGAAUAAACCCCUCCUAAGGCACCAGAUAAAACUCUGAAGGAAUUAUCAUGUACCUACUUUCUGGAUUUAUUUUCCAAUCACGAGGUUGAACAAAAUGUUGUUCAAGAGCUGUACAGAUGUAUGUGGAUUGCUUUAACAUGUCAUGAUCUUUUCAUCAUGAAUCAAUUUAUUAUCAUGCCCAAAAGAAAUAAUUAUGAUGCAUGCUAUAUGAACAGUGCUAUCUACACUGGGUUGUUUGGUGACAGCUCACAAAGAAUAAAUCUUAAAAUUGUUAAACAGCAAUAAAAACAACUGACAUGCAGUAUCCUACGGCAAUGGCGCCAGGGGACACAAGGAACGCGCACUGGUACGAGGGCGCUUGCUGUUGGCUGUGCUGGGGGGCGAGAAGAGGAAAGACUGGCAUUUCCGGCGCUCAUUACCAUUUCGCUCCAAUCUACGUUCGGAUACUGUAUCGCUCUCAUGGUACGAGUUCACAUGGAUUGAGACUGAAACACACCCCAAUCCACACUAUGAUUGCCACAUAUGAUUGUACCUUCAACAAGGAUCCAACGAUGUUGCUGUGUAGUAUUUAGUCAACACAAAAACUCACACAGUUAUUCUCCCCUUCUGUACUGGUGUACUUGCAGAACAAGAGCACGCAUAAUUCAGGCUGGUAUCCAAAUUUCUAAAACCAGCAUCA